AUGUGCCCCGUAUUCCAGGGAACCCUUCCUGUGAUGCGUGACACCGAGAAUCGAACUUCUGAUGACUCCGGUCUGACCAGCGAUGACACCAGCGAACGACGUCAACUUGGCGCCAGUGUCAUCGAAACUUCAACGCCACGGCAACAGAGGAAACCGAUCGAGCGAGAUAGCCUGAACUCUUACGCAGAUGACUACGAGUUUGACGUUGAGGAUGAGAUUUUUGACGAAAUCGCCUCUCCAGCGGACAGGGAUGGGAACGUCAAAUACAAUGGAUAUGUGAACCUUUCCGAUUUCGUCGCCAUUCGGGAUGAAAGUAACUCCUAUACCGACAUCGUGAAGACACCGGCAGAUCGGCCGCUUUGCCAGAGCAUAGGCCAAAGGCUUGGGAGUCGAGACUGCUUCACUUGGCGUCCGAGUGCUUGUCAGUGA